AUGGAUAUGAACCAUUUAAUAGGUCAACGCUUUAACUUGAUCUCAAAGAGCGAUAUUCGCUAUGUCGGUACUUUACAUGAGAUCAACCCCGAAGCUUCGACGAUCGCUCUCCAGAAUGUCGUGUCGUUCGGAACUGAAGGCAGACGAGGCAACCCUGCCGAAGAAUUACCCCCAUCCAACAGUGUCUAUGAAUACAUUGUCUUCCGCGGAAGUGAUGUAAAAGAUAUCAGCGUUGCGGAGGAUACGAAGGAGAACGCACAGCCCGAACCUCCUCAGAUGCCAGAUGACCCGGCCAUCCUAGGGAGCGCCCCUCGUCCAGGUCCAGCUCCCGGUCCAGGCCCUCAAGGCGCCCCUCCCCAGCCGCAACAACCACCCCAGCAACCGCCUCAACAACCGCCUCAAGGACCCCCUCCAGGACCCCAAGGACCUUCAGGACCUCGACCCCCACCUCCAGGAUAUCCUCAACAGCCGCAGUUCCAAAACUUUUACUCUCCAUAUGGGCCCCGAUAUCCCCCCUUCCCGCCUGGCCCUGGCUACCCGCCGAUGCCAUAUGGAGCUCCUCCGGGCUGGUACCCUCCACCCGGUCAAGGCUUCCCCCCUGGCCCGGGAGGCCCAGGAGGCCCAGGACAGUUCCCUCCCCAGGUGCCAAUCGGACCUGCAGGCCAGCACCAAACUCCACCUGCUCAGCGGGCCAUUCCAACAGGACCCAAAGCAACUUCCGAGCUGCCCGUUGGUGAUCACCCCAAGAGCAAGCCACCUGUCCAGGAGACGAUUCCUCCACCUACCGCGCCGGCUGAAAGCGCACCAACCCCACCCGUUGAGUCCAAGCCUUCCGUGGCGGAAGCUGUGAAGGCAACUGCGUCUCCUGCCGAGAGAGCUCCUCCGACUGGGCCCCGGGGAGGACGCGCACCACCUGCCAUUCCGAUGACUUCUGCGAGACCGGCAGCCAACGCGCCUCUAGCUCCCGCCGGUGCGAAUAACGUGACCCAAGGCACUGCUCAAGCCGCUAUCACUGAAGCAACACGUGCGGCUACGGCUGCUGUUGCCGCUGCUAUGGCCAAGCUACCCCAACCGAAUGGACAAAAGAAGCCUCAGCAAGCAGAUGCUUCCGUGGAAGGUGUCACCAGACAGCUAGGUGAGAUGAAGCCUUAUGACGGCAACCGUGUUCCUCGUGGGGGUCAGCAUUCUCGCGGUCGUGGCGGCCACAGAGGCCAGCACCAACAAGCGCAGGGAAAUAAGAAGAUGGAGGUCCCCAAGACUGAUUAUGACUUUGCAACUGCCAAUGCAAAGUUCAACAAGCAAGAUUUAGUCAAGGAGGCCAUUGCCUCUGGUUCUCCUGUUCAGGAGGUUGAAUCUCCUUCGCAGGUGACUAGCACGUCCGAACUCGACCCGACCACUCAAACAGCAAACGUGUACAACAGGACGACAUCAUUCUUCGACAACAUCUCGAGUGAGUCCCGUGACCGUGAAGAAACUACCGGUGCCCGAGCCGGUGGCCGGGAAUGGCGCGGUGAGGAGGAAAAGCGGAACAUUGAGACCUUCGGCCAGGGCAGUGUUGAUGGAUACCGAAGCAGCCACCGGGGCCGUGGCAGAGGCCGUGGUUAUGGUCGCGGCAGGGGUGGCUACGGUCGUGGCUAUGGUUCCCGAGGCCGCGGAGGCCGCAACAUGUCGCAGUCGACCGGCGUCCCAACUGCGAACUAG